GUGGGGGGAGGCUCUGAUGCAAUCGGCCCAGAAAGGAGGAGGAGAGCCAGAGAGCGCGGGCUGGGGUGGCCACGCCGCUCUGCCUGAAGGUCGCCGGGAACCUCCGCCCUUCACCUUCCUCGGAAAUCCGCCACGCCACGCCAAGCUUCCCCGCCCAGCCCUCGCUGACGGAGGCCACCUUUUCCCGGCCGAGACAGCCAGACCUUGAUACAAAGGACAUCACACGGCCGGGGGGGAAUCCCGGAAGGGCGGACACCUGGUCUCCUUUGGCCACUUUUCCCUUUAUUGCCCGAGGUAUUUAUUGAGUGCCUGCUGUAUGCCAGGCACUGUAUCUAUGUGCAUAGAAAAGCCCUGGAAGGUCAUACUCUCUGUUUGCUGAGAUCCGAGGGGUGUCAAGCUUCUAUUUUUGCUGCUAUCCCUUUGUAAUACACUCAGAGCAGAAUUUGGACUAAUUUUUUGACCACAGAUACUUUCUAAACAUGAUGCAUUUCAAAAGUGGACUCGAAUUAACAGAGUUGCAAAACAUGACGGUGCCUGAAGAUGAUAACAUUAGCAACGAUUCCAAUGACUUCACUGAAGUAGAAAAUGGUCAGAUAAAUAGCAAAUUUAUUUCUGAUCGUGAAAGUAGAAGAAGUCUCACUAACAGCCACUUGGAAAAAAAGAAAUGUGAUGACUAUAUUCCAGGAACAACCUCCUUAGGCAUGUCUGUUUUUAACCUAAGCAAUGCCAUUAUGGGCAGUGGGAUUUUGGGACUCGCCUUUGCCCUGGCAAACACCGGAAUUCUACUUUUUCUGAUACUUUUGACUUCUGUGACACUGCUGUCUAUAUAUUCAAUAAACCUUCUUUUGAUCUGUUCAAAGGAAACAGGCUGCAUGGUUUAUGAGAAGCUGGGAGAACAGGUCUUUGGCACCACAGGGAAGCUCGUAAUCUUCGGAGCCACCUCUCUACAGAACACUGGAGCAAUGCUGAGCUACCUCUUCAUCGUAAAAAAUGAACUACCCUCUGCCAUAAAGUUUCUGAUGGGAAAGGAAGAGGCAUUUUCAGCCUGGUAUGUGGAUGGCCGUGUUUUGGUGGUGGUAGUUACCUUUGGCAUAAUCCUCCCUCUGUGUCUCUUGAAGAACUUAGGGUAUCUUGGCUAUACCAGUGGCUUUUCUUUGAGCUGUAUGGUUUUUUUCCUAAUAGUGGUUAUCUACAAGAAAUUUCAAAUUCCCUGCAUUGUUCCAGAGCUAAAUUCAACAACAAGUGCUAAUUUAACCAAUCCUGACAUGUGUACACCAAAAUAUGUUACCUUCAAUUCAAAGACCGUGUAUGCUUUGCCAACCAUUGCGUUUGCUUUUGUCUGUCACCCAUCAGUCCUGCCGAUUUACAGUGAACUUAAAGAUCGAUCACAGAAAAAGAUGCAGAUGGUUUCCAACAUCUCCUUUUUCGCCAUGUUUGUUAUGUACUUCCUGACUGCCAUUUUUGGCUACUUGACAUUCUAUGAAAAUGUGCAAUCAGACCUCCUUCACAAGUACCAGAGUAAAGAUGACAUUCUCAUCCUGACAGUGCGGCUGGCUGUAAUUGUUGCUGUCAUCCUCACAGUGCCGGUGUUAUUCUUCACGGUUCGUUCAUCUUUAUUUGAACUGGCUAAGAAAACAAAGUUUAAUUUAUGUCGUCAUGUCUUGGUUACCUUCAUACUCUUGGUUAUUAUCAACUUGUUGGUGAUCUUCAUACCCUCCAUGAAGGAUAUUUUUGGAGUCGUAGGAGUUACAUCUGCCAAUAUGCUUAUUUUCAUUCUUCCUUCAUCUCUUUAUUUAAAAAUCACAAGUCAGGAUGGAGAUAAAGGGACUCAAAGAAUUUGGGCUGCCCUCUUCUUGGGCCUGGGGGUGUUGUUUUCCCUGGUCAGCAUCCCAUUGGUCAUCUAUGACUGGGCCUGCUCAUCAAAUAGUGACGAAGGCCACUGAGACCAGCUGAGGACAGGAGACAUUUCCAGACCGCUGCUCGGCCAUGUCACCCCACAUCAGCAAUCUUCAUCACUUCUUUUGCAAGUUUACAGAAGCAAACAGAAAUUCACAACAUACUUAAAAUGGAAUAACAUUUUGGUAGCAAAACAGAAACCAGUUUCUAUAAUGGUUCCAGUCCCUCUAAGAUUUCAGAUCAAUUUAAGGAUUGUGGAUAUUUUUUUUUUUUUUUAAGUUUCAUGCAAUUGUGUAUCUCCGUGCUCUUCACAGUUAUUUUUCACUCUUCUAACUCUAUUUUUUUGUGACUUCCUGGUCCCUUAAAACUUUGAAAACAUGAUCAUCAAUCAUGUUUAUUUAUUACACAUCCAGAUUCUGUAAUAAUUUUCCUGCCGAUGUUCCACUCACAUCAUCUGUACCUUUUUAGAAAAGAAUCUUGAAUUGUAUAUAGUUAUUUUGCUUUACAGAAAAAAAAAAUGGUUUCAUAAGUAUUUUGCCUACUUUGGUUAACAUAGCACACAGGGAUACUUGUAAGAGAGUGACAGGGUGUGUGCCAUUGCUGGAUCAGAACCUGCCCAAUAUUUGAGGUGGCUCUGAUCACCCGGCAGCCGGGGGGCUCUAGCAGUCCAGUGGCCUCAUUGGUACUACAUCCUGCUUUAUGCAGAGACAUUCUCCAAUGAGUGUUCUCAGCUGGGAAGGGGGUGAGAAUGACUUCUUACCUUGGUAAACAUAUUAAACCACACAUUUGGGUUACCUAGCAAGUGAAGUUUUGUUUCCCUCUUGGCAAAUUGUGUCAAAGUUACUCUAAGCUGAGUCACCUUCCACUGAGGGAGACCCUUGACACCUUUGCAAUAAAUUGAGAAGCAAGAGUAUCCAAAAUGCUUAAGAAAAUAUUCCUCUGAUACAAAUGGCCUUCAACCCUACACCUGUAUUGUUGAAAGGAGAAAAAGCAUUUUCUUAAAUUAUGAACCCAGCAGCUUUUACUCAUGUCCACCAGCUUUUUGCACAGGGAAUAAUGUGUAUCUAGCCAAGGACGAUCUAAGAGAAGUAAUUCCUGUUUUAUAUUGGGUACUUUAGGGGGGUCUUUAAAAGACUUGUUUUAUAUCUAUAAAUUUAGGUUAUUACAAAUACAAGAUUUUUGUACCUUAAAUAUAAGCCUCAUUCCUAUUUCUUCUCCAUUAACAAUCCACCCAGAGUCUUGGAAAAAAAAAAAAAACGAAAAAAAGAAAAGAAACAUAGCACCCUCAGAAAUAGCCUUUGAGAAGAACUUGUGACAAAAUCAGUGUACCUUCCUUCCCUCAGAUGGGGACUCUGGUGCCUGUGCUGUUUCUUCUUCUUGUCCCUAACCAAGGAGUGGGCCAUUACUGCCUGUCUGACGUGACCCACACAGAGGACAUAGUUGCCUCACACUCUUACCCCAGCCCCACUGUCCCCUAAACAGGGUAGAGGGAAAAUCCACAGAGACUGAAAAAGAAGAGAGUUGGGGACAAGUCACACAGCUUGGAAAGUUGGGGGAAAGUAAGGAAACCUAGAACCACAUGUUCCCUAAGCUGGACAAUCACCUGUGAUUGGACAGUCUAUAUCACACAGUAAGAAAUGUUUGUGUUCUGUGAGCUGGUCUCUUGAAACAGGAUUUGUAUUUCAUUUAUAUUCUGGUUGAAUUUCUCAAACACCUAAGUUCACCGAGCACGGAUUUCUUAUCCAGAGAUCAGAAUCUAACUGCAGACUCUUAGCAGGAUUUCCAAGCACUUAGCUCUGAGUUCUGUUCCUCCUUCACUCAAAUCCCCAAAGGCCUCUGCUCACCAUUCACUGGGAGUAACAAGGAACUGUCCGCUCCCCCUUUACAGACUAAUGUCCCAUAGAAAAGGCAUCAUCAAAGUACCUUGUUGUGAUCCUCUUUGGGAGAAGGAAAGGUUGUUUCCUGCAUUUCCUGGUAGGAUCAUUAUAGCUUUUAAUGUAAUGCUCCUGAAUUACAUCCACAUUAGGUCAGACAGAGUCCAGGUAAUUAGAUAUGAAUGCCUACCUAUACAUGAAUACCUAACCUAGUAAAAUCCACAGCCACCUCUGUCCCUUUCAGCAGUAUCUUCCAUAUUGGAUGAAAAGCAAAGCAAGUCCUUUGGCCCUUGGAGGCUUGUCUAGAGCACCGAGUAGUGAAAUAGCCAGGUAGUGGACUGACCCUCCAUAAAAAAAUACAUAGUUUAGUUUACAAAGCAAUAUUAGGCUACUUUGUAUUUUCCUCAUUAAUUUAUAACAAUUUCUUUUACACUCACAAAGUCAGUUUAGAAAAUUAUCAUGAACUCUUGGGAUGUGUAGUGGUAUUUUUGGAUCUCUGGAUUUUAUGUGUCAGCACAAGGAAUUUUUAUUAUUAUUUAAAAUAUUUAUUUAGAGGAGGCACGUUGUUGAUGUCUGUGAUACCAUGGGUUUUUAAAAUUUUCUUUGUGUGUGAUCUAAGUUCAUUAUCGACUGAAUAUAAUAGACCCCACUGUUCAUUUGUUAUAUACCGCUGAUUAAUUACAUCAUUUGUGUGGGAUUAGCUGUCAAUGUACUGCAAUAAUUCUUGUUCAGAAUAGUGAACUGGUAGCCAAAAAUACAUGUAUCACAGAUGUUAGGUAGAAUUUAAACAACAGUCAAGUGCUAUAGAAGUUUUUUCUGCUAAAUUAGUAGACUAAAGAAUAUUAUACCUUAGCCAUUGGGAGCAGCACGUUUUCCUUUGGUAGAUAGAACCUUAACACUAGUGAACAGUGCCAGUUUCAUACUUUGGAUUUAGAACUGUUCUCUAGUUCUUAUAACACAAUAUACUGUAAAUCCCUAAUUUACUUAACGUUACUUACUGGGAGUGGAGUAGUAAACUGUGUACAGGAAAGAAAUCUAGUCUUGUGAAACACGGGCUGUCCCCAAUUUAUAAGCAGAUCAUGUUACAAAGCCCUGUUAGUUGGUUGUUUGCAAGCCAGAAUGUAUUUUCCUCCGGGAACUAUGUUAUACAUGGUGUUUAGGCUCCCAGAGCAGCUAGGAAAGAUGAUCAGACCCAUGGUUUAGCAGAAUAGGAUAAUGUAACAUGAUUGCUAAAAAGCCUAACCACCAAAAAUAAUAUUGUUUCUAAGGAGUAUUUGUUCAGAGUUGCCAAGAAUAUGUCAUUCCUGUGAAUGAAGUCUGGACUGCCCACGCCAGCCACACACCAGCUGCUGGGUGGUGGGGGUAGAGCCACCACCAGUUAGUGGUGACCACAGUGGCCUGAAGCAGGGUGUCCAGCACAGGAGGGGGAGAAUAAAUCCAGGGCCACCAGAGAGCCUGGUGGUAGAAGGAGGAUGAAGGAGGAUGAGGGGACCUCUUGUGGGCUGGAAACCACCAGGGACGUGCCUCCCCUGCUAUCCUUUCUUUUGCCUGGAGUUCUCAGGCUUGGCCUGACUCUUCUGUUCGUAGGACCUGUUGCUCCUAUCGUUUGUCUCCUUCCCUGCCCAUUACAGAACAGGAUGUUGCUGCCUAGCUUCUCCUAUAUGCCAGUCGUUGAAGCACACAGCACUUUUAAUGGGUUUAGUGCUAACAAACCAUUGUUUAACUGCCUAGUAAUCAGAUCGGUGUAAAAAAGCUCUCUGCUGACCUUCCUUCUUUAUACUUCCAGACCGUGUUGAGAAAGGUGCACAUGGGUGAUGGUCAUGGGGCUGGGGGUGGACAAGGAGCUGUGGUAAGAUUCCUCAGUGUCUCAGGGGACACGUGAGACAGUUGCCCUGCAACGGACUUCUUUCUGGAGUUGGACUCAGGCCUCUAAGCCAGUGGUUCUCAAAGUAUGGCCCCCAGAUCAGCAGCGACAGCAUCACCUGAGGCCUUGUCAGAAUGCAGGUUCUUGGGCCCCACCCCAGAACUAAUGAAAUCAGAAGUUGUCAAGGUGGAAGCCUUCAGCAGUCUGGGUUUGAAUGAGCCCUUUGGGCAAUCUUGAUGCACAUCAAGUUUGAGAACCACUCCAGGUCACUUUGUCUUUCACUUGUUCUCCCCAUUAGUCCUACCUCAGAGUAUGUUACCUAGGAAACGCUGGUGCAGGUGUACAAUCAUAAAGGAAGGCUGCCUGCGCUCGGGGGUAUCUGGGCUGAGGCACACUAAGAUUACAUUUUUUGAAGCUGCGAAGGAGGUGAGGUGUGUGUGUGUGUGUGUGUGUGGAGAAUGAAAAGAAAACACACUCUGUACAUGCAUUUUGGAUACUGAAUUCGUGUCAUGAGUAAGCUCUCCACAGUGUUGGUGUGCGUUGUGUAAUGACCCAUUCUGUCCCUCUUUUAAAUUGAAUUCUCUAGAAAGUUCUGCACUUCAUCAUAAGCAUCUCCAAGCUGCUCAGAAAAGGAUGUAGAGCCCAGCUCCAUUUCAAUAGAUCGGAAUGCUGAAGGGCACAUUUAUUGGAGUGGGGAGGAAGUUGAUGAUAAGAUCAGAUUUGAUUUUAUGCCUUAGAGCAAAAGCCAUUAGUUUCCCUCAGUUUAUCAAUGUAAAUGGCUUGAGGCUUAGAAAGGGCGGAAGCUUUAAGAAUAGAAUUCCUCCAUUCUGGUUGUGUAAACUUGUAGCUGCUCUCAAAACAAAGAAGGUACAGACUAUAUCAUUUAGCAAUGCUAAUACAUGGUUUUCCUUAGGGAUGGCAGAUCUGAGAAUCCUUUAGCGAAGAACACACUUCCUCUAAAAUACACACAGUGGAUUAUUUAUGAUGACAUAGGGCUUUCGGGUACAAAUUGGGAAUGGGGUGGCUAACAACUGAAAAAUAUCACUAAAUCUAAAAGGGAAAGUUCUUGGAAAUUGUAAAAUUCACAAGGCUCAGACACUCUCCUUCUUUAGGGUUUUCUCAGAGGAAGGGCUUUGAACUGGGCCUGGCUGUCUACAAGUUUGAAUUUGUGUUUUUAAAAGGAAGAAUCUAUGCAGCUGAGGUUUAUUGUAGGAAGUACUUCGUUUGUAUGUAAAUAUGUUGUAAAUAAACAGGAGGCUGUAUAUUUUUUCAGUCGUUGGUCCACACUGAAAUAGAAGUCUGCAUAUCAAGAAUCUAGUCUACAUAUCAAGAAUAAAUGUUGUCCUAGAUAUUAGUGGUUUUGUUUGGGAACUAGACAAAUUUACAUUCUCUCCCAGGUAACAUUGUUCUCUCAGUGUAAACUUGGAAUCUAAAAAUCUUAAUUGUUUUAGAAAGCAAAAUGUCUGAGAAAUAGCUGUAUUGAUUUCUUAUACUGGUAUUAAGCUCAGUUAUUUAAGAGAUAAUCCUCUGAGCUACAAAUAAGGAAUAUUUAAACCCAAGUUAUUGUCAUAUAGAUAUACUCAAAAUGACAAAUUGUUUCUUCAUACUGCUCUUUCACUGUUAACACUGAUACCACUAUACAGUGUUUAUAAAAACAGAAGUUGGGGAGAAUUUUUUCCAAAAUUGAACUGCUGCAUUUCCCAAACUUUGGGAUCUUUGAAAGGGGGAAAAACCUGCACAUUAACUAUGAACACGAAUUUGAAGGGGCGGGGGGGGGGGGGGAAGGACGGACCAUUUUAUCAAGUUUUUGAAAAUCUCGCAUGUCUGCCUUUCAUUUUCAGUGUUGACGCCAACAUAGACUGUCUGAAGCCAUUUCUACCCAAAACAUUUGAAUCUUGAUCAUUGGUACUUAAUCCACUCUCCAGAGUCCAGUUGUAUUUUAGACUUCAUAUAAGUCCAAUAUAUGUAGCACACCACAGUUUUAUUAAUGUAAAAACUUGUAAAUGACUUUCAGAUGGGUGAUAGAAGUGAAUGUCACAAGUCACAAAAUUUUGCUAUUCAUGGUUAAUCAAAUAGUUUAUUUUCCCCCCAGGAUGUGGUGUAAAUAAAGAAAUAUAAGAAGUUCUGUUCUAUAAUUGUUCUGUUAACAUAGUUUUUAAACAUUAAAAAUGUGAACUAAAAGUA